CCCCCCCCCCCUUCUUCGCCUCGUCUUUAUAAGCUCACCUCCAUCAUGUCCGACUGGUGGACACAGCCCUCGACGCCUGCGCGCGCAAGUGUCUUCCAGUCCCCCGCCCGUGCUUCCACCAGCCGAGCUCGUUUCGUCGCCGACGACCCCGACCCGUCCGCUGAAGCACCCAAGUUCCUCCCUUCGUUUGUCGCCAGCCCGGCCGGCAAGCACGUCCUGGGCACGUCCCCCGGCAGCGUAUCAAGCCCGCCCGCGCCCAAGCGCAGUCCGACCGCGCGCUUCUCCGUCAGCAUGGCUGAAAGUGUAUCGUCCCCUCGCCUCAGCCGCUCUUCGCGCCCUCCCGCUACAACGGAAGACGAGAUCCCAACCUCAUCGCUGCAUGACGAUCCCAUGCGCCCCGCCUCUGCCCCUGCUGUCGCGCCCGAGGUUCCGCCCGCUCUCGAGCCGUCGCUCGACACCAACAUGCUCCAUGUCUGGGGCCCACCUCCCGAGCACCUCCCCGCCCUCCGCGCUUAUCUCGAGGGUAUUGGACCGGUCGUCUCGUACGUGCCAGGGCCAGAUGGAAGUAACUGGUGGACCGUGACGUACGCAACGCCUUUGGCGGCAAGCUACGCUCUACGUCGCCACGGAGAGAUCGUCAGCGGGCGCUGGAUGCUGGGCUUCAAGGUCGCUGGCCCGGGGAGCACGCAGGGCCUCACUCUGGUCAAUGGCAUGGCGCCUACUGCUGUGGUAUCCGCCGGUGUCGGCACGCCUAUCCAGCUCAACACGGGCAAUAUCAUGCGCGCAAAACCUAAGCCUCAGGCGCAGACUGACGACUAUGCUUGGGAGGAGAACGAGCAGCUGCAGUCCAGCUUGUUGGGUCGUGCCGCCGAGUUCAUCGUGAGUUCAUUUCGGCCGCUAAGGCGCACUGUACCGGUAGAGAUGGAGGUGAUCAUACAUUGGGCGGCCGUCAUGUGCAUAGGAGGAGCUGUAGGAGAACCAGUAAGUGAGUCUGUAGAGUGGACGGAUAACAUGCAACGGAUGUUUAUGCUAUUCUGUGACCAGUUCGCACUACAGGCCGAUUGUAAAGCGUU